UAUAGAUCUUACCCGUUAACAUAUAUGUAUUAUAUAUAUAUAUAUAUAUAGUUAUCGAUUGAGAUUAGCAAUAGAUUUGUCUAUUGCAGUAUUAUCAUAGGUUAGGAUACGGUAGGUAAUAUUUGGGAACUAUGGAUAUAGUAGACAUGCUAGGUUAAUAACCGUUGAGGUGGUAAAAAUGGUAGAUGUUCGAUAAUUUGUUUGAAUAGGAUUAAUAUUCUUUUGGAGCUGUCUCGUUAUAGUAAAAAAGGAGCGCUGGGUUCCAUUCAUCCUAGAUGAGUUUGGUUGCCGCUGCAGUCAGCAGAAAAAUCCAAAACUUGAGCAGCUCAAAGUCCACUCCUUACUGAGAUGAUGAGAAGACUCACGCUGUCAAAAGGGCCACUCCAGGUGAUAGAAGCAUAUUGUUUUGAUGAGUUUUGAAGGAGAUCAAAUCCAAACUAAGACCAACAAAAUCCAAUGCUCUUAAUACAAGGCGUUUAGCACUUCCAGAGGAAUUUUGUUGUCGAUUUUCACUAGCCGACAUCAAAGCUGCUACCAACAACUUCCAUAAGAACAUGAUUAUAGCUGAAGGUGAUACAGGAUUUAUAUUUGGAGGGAAGAUCAAUGAUGGAUUCUAUGCUAUCAAACGCUUGAGGCCAACCUCUGAUUCACAUUUACCACUCCUGGAAUUGAGAUAUGGGGUGAAGUUUCUCAGCCAGUUGCACCACCCCAACAUCAUAUCUCUCCUCGGUUACUGCGACGAGAAAGAAGAGAUGAUCCAUGUGUAUGAAUACGCAAACAAUGGGAGCCUCUAUGAUAAUCUCCAUGCUGAAAAUCACGAUCCAAUCCCAUGGAAGCGAAGGCUGGAGAUAUGCAUCAGCGUAGCUCGAGCUUUACAUUACCUUCAUACGGGAGCGAAGUUUGUGCUAAUCCACCGGGAUGUCAGUAGCAAGAACAUCCUUUUGGACGACCAAUGGACUUCAAAACUUUGCAAUUUCAGUUUCUGCAAGAGGGGGCCCCAUAGCAUGUCAAGGGAUCCAAUUUCCAUUGAAAUAGAAUCAGAUAUAGCUUAUACUUCUGCAUUCAUAGCUCCGGAGGUAGCAAUCAGUGGCAGGGUAUCACAUAAAACUGAUGUUUUUUCAUUUGGGGUAGUUUUAUUUGAAGUUCUAUGUUGUAGACGCAUAUUUGAUGCAGAACUGGAGAUUCAUCAAAGAUUUCUAUAUCGUUGGGCAUGUAAAUGCAUCGAGAAUGGAACAAUUUACAGUAUAAUCGAUCCAUAUCUCAAGGGAAAGAUAGCUCCACAGUGUUUGAAGAAAUUCUUGGAGAUUGCUUAUAGUUGUGUCCAGUUUGAAGAAAACAAAAGGCCUACCAUGGGUGAGGUGGAGGUGACAUUGGAGCUAGCAUUAGAGUCGCAGAAGCAAGCAGAGUCCGAAAUGGAGAGUACAAAUCCACAAGGUGAGUUUAUGUGUGAGGAAGUAUCAUUAUCAUGUACCCUCUAACUGUUUUCCUUGAUCACAGAUUUCAUGAAUUAUAUUGUGUAGUAACUGAAGAUAUAAUUUAAGUUGUUUUCCUGAUAUAUCAGCCUGUUAUAUAAAACUUUUUUUAUCCCAAAA